ACAGCCGGCUCACGGCAGGCAUUAAUUGUCAUCGCCAGAACGAUCAAAGAUCGGCUGACAACACGCCACUCCGCAUCCAACAUGCUGGGCUCCCACGCUUCUCCAUCUGAAUGCGCGAUCACAUCCUUGCCCCUGUGCGAUGAUCUGAUUCUGACAGCCGGGAAUGGAGCUGGCCGACUCUCUGGAGGUGCAGGCGAGUCGAGAGACCGCUGCGAUAUCUUGCGCGCUUCUUCAAGUUGACGCUGGACAGUAUCUUGCUAAAAGAUUUCGUAGGACGCGACAGGGCUCUGUCAAUCGGUUCGCCGUGCUCCAAAACCAAGCAGCACGUCCAGUCGUUCACAGCGCUGCAGUAAGCACGACUUGUCCGCAAUUUCGAAAUCGGAAGAUGAGCCAGCUAGGAUCUGCGGGCGAUGUCGACAUUGUCGAGCGAGAACAGACGCUCCUCCCCCGCGCGUCGCUUCACGCAAGCUGCUUUCGUCUUCGUCGUUCUCAAGCAAACAUGGCCCAACCUGGUGUCAGAGUCGCGUCCCACUCUGGGCAGGUCUCAUUCUCCACAAUGAUGCUGUUGCUCCUCCUCGCUGCUGUCAUCCAGCUCGGAUCGUGUAUCCUCCCACCUGGCACUGGCCACUCCAACCCGCUUCAUCUGAAUCGACAGACUCCUAGAGACGGUGCGACCGACGUCGCCACUCUAUCCUCCGGCAUCCAAAGACCUCCUCAGCUUCCUUUCGUGUACAAUGUCACAGUCGACUCAAUUCAACAGCUGGGCUCGACGAUCAUCGCGAGUCUGAAUUCAACCAUUCAACAGAUACUGAAUGGCGUGAAACCCGAAACUGCUACGUUCCAAAACACAGUCCUGCCGUUUCUCCAGUGGGACAAUGAGUACAGACGGCAGUUCUACCCGCUUCAGGCGAUCGAAUUAGGGACGAAGCCGGAGAAUACGGACGCCCGCGAUGAAACACAGGUCAAGAUAAAGGCAGCCCUGGCCGACGCUUUCACCACGGAACCAUUUUUUCAGCUGGUCGAUUCGGUCUAUCAGUCCAAUAAGGAUACCACGAGCCUGAAUGAAGAAGACCACAUCGUCCUGGCAGCUGUGUGGAGUGAGUUCGCCAAAAGAGGCCUCAACAUCCCAGCCGGCCCUCAGCGUGAAUUGUUCGAAACCAUGACUGAACGUAUCUCCGCCGCCGCGUUGGAAUUCUCUUACAACCUGACAACCGUCACUUACCUGUACUUCACGGCCGAGGAGCUUGAAGGUGUACCUGCGGACUUGAUCAAGUCAUACCUCAACGCCACUGGCGAGAAUGUCGGGAAGCUGCAGAUUGAUGUGAAUUCUGUCCCAGAUAUUCUAGACAACUGCGUGAAUGAGACCACGAGAUAUACGGCCAUUCGCGAAUACUACAACCAAGUGCCCGAGAAUGUCGCUCUCCUCCAGGAGAUUGUGCAGUUACGACUUCGUUCUGCCCAGCUACUGAAUUUCACAAAUUGUAACAACUCCUUCAACAUCGCAAAAUCAUCGAAAAACGUCGGGGACCUCCUCGCGAACCUGCGAUCACACGUUAGCCCACUAGGCCAGAGUGAGCUGGAUGUUGCCAACGGACUCAAGGCGAAUGACACAAAGAUCGUGAGUGCUAUCGGCGACGAGGACAUUGUCUAUUCAUGGGACAAAGCAUACUACGGCAACAUUCAUGGCGAGGCGGCCGACUUCGACUCCGACUCGUUCGCAGACUACUUUCCGGCAAACGUCACGGUGCCCGCCAUUCUUCACGACAUUUACGGCGAGCUAUUUGGAAUCCGCUUCGACAGAAUACAGGGCCAGGACGCGGACGAUGUGUCACCUACAGGUAACGGCAGUGAUCUGGUGUGGCAUCCGGACGUACAACUCUACGCUGUCUGGAAUAAACAGGAGUACAUGGAUGCGAACGGCGUCACUGAUCCCUUCAUUGGAUUUCUCUACCUCGACCUGUUCGCCCGGCCUGAUGUCAAGAGCCCUGGCGACGGAGAAAUGUUAUUCCUCAUCGACGGGUUCGUCAGGCCAGACGGCUGCAGAGAGUAUCCCGCGGCGGCCGCCCUCACCGGUUUCGACAAAGCCAACGAGGAUGGAAAGCCAAGUCUCAUCUUUCCACCUACAGUGCUCUUACACGAACUCGGCCACUGCAUGCAUCAACUUCUCUCCCGAGCUACAUACGCAUGGACGUUCGGAGCUGACGAGUCCGCCACUCCGCCGGAUUGGGCCGAACUGCCCUCUCUUCUGAUGGAGAACUGGGGCAAACAGCCAGAAGCUCUAAAGAAACUAUCUUUCCACUAUUCGCAUCUCUCACCGCAGGCCGCCGCAAAGUGGAGGGAAGAACAGGGAAACGCAACUGCUGCGCUACCGCCAGUGACCGUAACCGACGACCUCAUCGCCGAAUACCUGGAUUCCGACAAGUUCUACGCAGGUCUUGACAUCCUCCGCGACAUCUUCUAUGCUUUCUACGAUCAGAGCAUUUAUAAAUUUACUGAAGCCGACGUAGCAGCGAAGACCGACUUGUCCGUGCUGUUCAACCGAUUGCGUCGCGAGAUCGGACUUGUUCCCGAUUUUAGUGAUGUUGGUGUGGGGUAUAAAUGGGGUAAUGGAGAGGCUCUGAUUGAUCACUUCGUCUCGAAUAGUUAUGGUGGGAACUACUACUGCUAUCAGUGGUGCCAGGUCUAUGCGGAAGAUGUCUUUUACACCGCCUUUGCAUCGAAUUUGUUCGACUCCGCGGUUGGAUGGAGAUAUCGACAGCAGAUUCUCCAACCCGGAGGAUCAAAGGACCUUAAGAAGAUGCUUGUGGACUUUCUGGGCCACGAGCCCAGCACGGACGGCUAUCUCGAGUAUCUGGGCAUCUCAGGUACUUGA